ACGUCAAUUCCUUUCACCGAACUUGGAAACAUCUUAAAAGAACACGAACGGAAAAUCAAGGCGUCGGAUGAAGCCCGUCAAGUAGGGAUCGCUACUGCAAAUUACACUGCUUCCUCUGAACGCCCCAAUCAUGGUCGCCGCGACGGGCCUGGUUCCUCGUCUGGUAGUCAGCGGGGACGGAACCAGUAUGGUGGCAGCGGCAGUCAGACUCGCAGUUUCUCCAGGCAGCAAGGUGGUUGUCAAUACUGCUCCAUUCCAGGUCAUACAAUUAAAGAAUGUCGCAAGUUGGCCAAGUUUCUACGGUUCCAUGGCUUUGUGUCUCAGCCCGCUGUGCAUAACACAG